AUGGUGGCAACUUGGCUAAUGAACUCUGUUUCCAAGAAUAUUGGUCAGUCUCUCUUGUUCAUGUCUACGGCUGAGUCGAUUUGGAACAAUCUGAUGUCACGUUUUAAGCAAGAUGAUGCUCCACGAGUGUUUGAGAUUGAGCAACGUCUUAGCACUCUUUCUCAGGGAUCUCUUGAUGUUAGUGCUUAUUAUACAGAGCUGAUUACGUUGUGGGAAGAAUAUAAGAACUACAUUAUGCUACCUGUUUGCACUUGCGGUCAUUGUGAAUGCAAUGCGGUUUUGUUGUGGGAACAACUUCAACAACGUGGCCGUGUCACCAAGUUUUUGAUGGGGCUCAAUGAUACUUAUGAGCAAACGCGUCGUCAUAUUCUCAUGUUGAAGCCUAUUCCUACCAUUGAGGAGGCUUUCAACAUUGUAGCUCAGGAUGAAAGGCAGCGUAAUCUCAAACCUGUUGUCCAGACUGAUGCUGUGACAUUACAAACAACAGGACCUGCUGCGGCGUAUAUUGAUUCAAUGGAGUUUGCUGCUGCGUAUAACGCAUAUCGUCCUCGUGGUAAUCGUCCUCUCUGUACACAUUGUGGACAGCUUGGACAUACUGUUGCUAAAUGCUUCAAGCUUCAUGGCUAUCCCCCUGGCUAUAGGCCACCGUCAUCUGGUUAUCAAGGACAGUCCUAUGGAGCUUCUCAACGAUCUUUCACUCCUCGUGGUCAACACAAUUAUACUCCGCGCUCUCAAAUUCCUCCAAAGACUGUUGCUCAGAUGUCUUCUCAUGCUGAUUAUAUUCCGUACAUUCCACCUCCUGCUGUUUUAGCAACUUCUCUGGAUGUCAAUCAGCUGAACUCUUCCCAACUACAGUCUAUCAUUAAACAACUCCAAUCUCGUGUUCAGAUUCCUGAUACUGUUGCUGCUUGUAUAACGGCCUCUAUCACUGAGAAAGGUGUCAUGGAUCCACAAUCAUCAUCUGGUAUCAGUCUCAAUAUCUCUUCUAAUCUUCGAUAUCAGAAUCACAUCUUCACUUUUCACCAUCAAUGUCUUUCCACUCUCUAUAAUUCAUUACCUAAACAAUCUUGGAUCAUUGAUAGUGGUGCUACAAGUCAUGUUUGUGCUGAUCUUUCAAAGUUUCAAGAAGUCUUCGAUGCAUCUAAUCUGACUGUUUCAUUACCAAAUGGAACAACAUUUCCCAUCUUGCAUACUGGCACAAUUAGACUUUCUGAUUCAUUAGUCUUGUAUGAUGUUUUACAUGACCUUUCUCAGGCCUCGAUGAUUGGGAAGGGUGAUGUUUUCAAUAGUCUUUACAUCCUUGAUUUGUCUGCUUCUUCCCCUACUGCUUUACCUGCUGAUAUUUGGGGUCCUUUUUCGAUUGAGCCUGUUGCUGGUCAUAAGUAUUUUCUCACUAUUGUAGAUGAUGCUACUCGUGUGACUUGGGUGUACAUGCUUCGUAAUAAAAGUGAUGUUUCUCUUUCGUUUCCUGCUUUUAUUACUCUUAUUCAAACUCAAUACAAUGCUCAGCUAAAAGCUAUUAGAACUGAUAAUGCUCCAGAAUUACAAUUCAAUGACAUCGUUUUGAAAUAUGGCUUAACUCAUUACUUCUCUUGUGCUUACACUCCUCAACAAAACUCCGUCGUUGAGAGAAAACAUCAACAUCUUCUUAAUGUCGCUAGAGCAUUGAUGUUUCAGUCCCAGAUCCCUUUACCAUAUUGGUCUGACUGUGUUGUGACUGCUGCUUUUCUUAUUAAUCGUUUCCCUUCUCCGUUCUUACAUAACAAAUCACCAUAUGAGCUUCUACUCAAUAAAAUUCCUGAUUACAGUGUUCUUCGUGCUUUUGGUUGUCUGUGUUAUGUUAGCACUUAUACUAAAGAUCAUCACAAAUUUAUCCCUCGUGCUCGUGCCUCUGUCUUCUUAGGUUAUCUACCUGGUUACAAGGGUUAUAAAGUGCUUGACUUAGAGACUCGCUCAGUUUCUAUAACGCGUAAUGUUGUUUUCCAUGAGACUAUAUUCCCUUUGCGAAAUGACUCUUCUCCUGUAUUUGAUUUUUCUCUCAUAUAA